CUGUCUAAUUAAGGGAGAAUGCCUAGAUGAAGCUGCUGGAGAUCUAGUAACAGGUCAAAAACUGAUCAAAUCGAUAGUCUUAGCAUUGAAGAUUCUCAGAUUAUCCCAGUGAAAGACAAUGAUGAUAGAGAAAAUUCCGAAGUUAAUAGAGUAAAGGCUCUGAUCUUGAUAUCUAUUGUAGCUUUUUAUGUAAUGAUAACAAUCAGCUUCUAGGAAUAUGGUAAUCUCGUAAAUGAAAAUGCUAACAAAUUUAGUUAUGCCUCGCUUAGAGGAACUAUUCUAUUGACUUUCGCAAGUCUUGACAUGAUAUACAGAAAAGUCGGCUUGCCUCGAAUCCCAAAGAAGAUAGAUAUAUUUCAGUUUUAUUUAAAUUCUUGGCUGGUUCAGUUGAAACUCCAUUCUACUUCUAUAUGAACCCUUUGAUAACAGCAAUUUUAACUUAUUUUAUAUUGAAGGAGACCCGGAUUUGUAGAGACAUCCUUUACCUCAUUGGUACGUUUGGGGGAAUAAUCGUAAUCAACUUGGCAAGAAUCGGAGAGAAAGGUGUCAGCGACAGUGAAAAUAAUUACUUGAAAGGAUUAUUACUCACAUUAGUCGGCCUCAUCUUCAGGUCAAGUGCUCCAGUGGCUAUUAAGCACAUAUCUAAGUAUGUCCAUUCCCUCUGUUCUCCUUUUUACUUCUCAUUAAGGAUGUUUAGUCAUGCAGUGCUUCUUCUGAUAUUUUGAAGAGAAUAUUUAUAUUUUGAGCAUUAUGAUUUGAAGACAGUACUGCUGUUCUCUGAGAGUAGCAUUGCAAAUUAUGGUGCUCAAACAGCAUCUAGUGCUGCGUAUAGUUAUGAGAAAGCAACAGUUCUUGCUCCAGUUUCUUACGUUAUUACUUGUGGCUUACUUCUGAUAGACUGAUUCUUGUUUGGAUAUGAUUUUAACCUUGUAUUCAUAAUUCAAUAAU